CAAUCAGUUGCUGCUUCGGCGAACGAUUUCCUGCGUAGGUUUGUACCCAUCAUUUGCUGGGUUUGCUUUCUGAAAAAUAACAGAUUCGGCCACGGGCAAUGAAGAUUUUGCCCUUGAUUCCAUGCUCUGUGUCUCAAAUUUAAGGCUCAUACCAGACCAAAACGAUGGAGAAGAAGAAAUUCACACAAAGGGAUGCCUUCACUAUUCUUUUGCUAUAAAAUCCAAAUCGAAGAAUCCCACUGACGUUGGCAAUCUCAUGCGUUUCGGAGGAGCGGGUUCUGAAGCGAGCAUCCAUCUCCAUUUGGAUCAUUGAUGUCCAAGCCGAGGGUGUUCUCAUUCACAGGAAUGAAGGUGGCGCCUUUCUCAUGCACACCAACUGUUCCACAUGUGGUCCGUGUGAGUUGCAAUGGUUUUAUUAGUAGGAAUGUAUACUGGGAAUUAGUAUAGUUGGUUUAAGAUUAUGUUGCAAUCUCAUGAGAAGGAUUUUUUUUACAUAAUUUAUAGUUCUCAGCUAACAAGAAUUUAAUUUAGUUUGUAAAUUUGAUUCCCUUCUAAAUGAAUUUUUCCUAUGUAUGUAAUGAGCUAGGUAUGAGGAGUUAGGACUGUGUGAUACUCCCAUUAUAAAUUUUAUUUACCAGC